AUGGAGUCUACGGAAAGAGGAAGGUUGCAACACAUGAUAUUUGGUGCUGUAGCGUCAAGGGAAGAGAAGUGGCGCCCCCCUUUGGAAGGAGUCAUGAGACUUGAUGUAGAUGGAUCCGUGAAUCAACAUCGACAGGCAGCGUGUGGAGGUCUGGUAAGGGAUGCUGCAGGAAGAUGGCGUAUUGGAUUUCAAAGACGAUUAGGAGUCCUACCACCGACAGCAGCUGAGCUAAUGGCCUUACUAACAGGUUUGCAAAUGUGCAAACAGCAAGGUUUUAGUAAGAUUGAGGUCUUCACGGAUUCUAUUGAAGUUCUCAGACUAAUAGAAACCGAAGGAGGAGCAAGCCACUUUCUCCAGACCGAAUUAACAGAAAUCCGAGAGCUAAUUUACUCAGAUUGGGACGUUAGCAUCAACCAUGCACCGAGGAAGGUUAUCCAAUGA